UUUAUUUUGAGUGGAUCCAGCUGGGCGGUUAAUUAUGUAUAUGGGCUUUAAACUUUGGAAAACAAAUUUUGCGAGCGUGUAACAACCAAUCCACCUGAAAGUGAAACACGUAAACUUUGGGGCUAUAGAUGAUCUCAACUGAAGCAUUCCAGUUUGAUUAGCAAAAAGGUUUGGGGAAAUAAUCAAGCAUGGGUGGGAUGGCGAGGAGCUGCGUACAAUCAAUUCUAAAGUUGGUGAACUCGGUGAAUGGGAUGGUUGGGCUGGCCAUGGUUUUGUACUCGUUGUGGUUGAUUAGAGCCUGGCACAAGAGCAUAGCUGAUUUGCCAUUUGAAGAUUCUGAUUAUCCAACAAUACCUUGGUUCAUAUACAUUUUUCUUGGCCUUGGGGUUACUCUGUGUGUGAUCACAUGUUCAGGACAUAUUGCUGCAGACACUGCAAAUGGUUGUUGCCUUUAUUUGUACAUGCUGUUUGUCUUUCUACUCCUCAUGCUUGAAACUGGAGUGACUGCUGAUAUAUAUUUAAACCAUGACUGGGAAGAGGACUUUCCUGAUGAUCCAACUGGGAGAUUUGAUCAAUUCAAAGCAUUUGUAAGGUCAAACUUGGACAUCUGCAAAUGGAUUAGCAUGUCAGUUAUAUGCGUACAGGGACUUACAUUGUUAUUGGCAAUGAUACUCAAAGCUUUUGGGCCACAUCAUUAUUAUGAUAGUGAUGAUGAUUAUGUUCCUGAGAGGGUUUCACUUCUGAAUCACCCCAAUCCCUAUGUCGUUGGCGACCCUAUUUAUGGUUCCAAAAAUGAUGCUUGGCAUAUAAGGAUCAACAGCAAGACAAACAGGUAAAUUGGUUUGCAUCAAGUUGCCCCUACUUGUCGCUCAUGCAGAGGCAAAUUCAUCUGCAUCUGAUGUUUGUAGGACAAGUCGGUAUUGGAGGUUUAACAUGCAUCAUUCACUUACAAAAGACGGGAGGUGGAAUUACUGUUGUAAAGAAGUACAAAUUUGUUCAAAAUAAAUUUGGUCCAUUGCAAUUGUUGAUAUUUCACAAUUGAUGUUUACUAAAGUUAAGGUAACACUCAUAUCGGGAGUUGUAGAUCUUGUUUUGUGGCUCCGAAUGAACUACUAUCAUGUUACCUAAUUUGAAGUAUUGUCGCACUAAGUGCCUCCAAUGUGGUUAGAGAAUACUAUUUGCUCUCUCAUGUCAAAUUUGUAUAGUAAAUUGAGCCAUAUAAUGUCAUGAACCAGA